AAUCAUAUAAGUGGUAUUUCACCUUUUGCAAAUGUCUUUUACUUGUAAAUUAGUGGUUUUAUUUUAAUUGCUAUAGGUUAAAAAAAGAAUGAGGAAUUCACGUUUUAACCUUAUUGGAGAAAAUAAAAGUAAGACACCAUUUAAGCUUUAUUUUGUAUUUUAUUUUAUUUUUUUAAUGUAUUUUUAGUGGCUAAACACCGAUGCAGUGUAGUAUUUUAGUGUUGAAAAUUUGGUUUUGACCAUUGACUGUAACAAUGUAAUAAUGUAAUUGACUGUAUACAGUCGAUGGUUUUGACAAGUGCAGUUAUUUUUUUGACCGGAAGUUGCGUUGCGUCAUCUGCUCCGUUCGACGGAAGUGGGGAAAGCACGGCAGUCUAGUGUUUGUUGCUCGCUAGCUUGUAAAUAACCAUAGUGUAAAGCGAUCAGAACAACAAUUAUAUUAGAGGACAUUUUUAUAAACAGCAUCCAUGAUGUUCAACAGGCAAACCAGCCUUUGGAUGGGUGAUUUGGACCCAUACAUGGAUGAAAACUUCAUAAAGCAGGCCUUCAGUGCUAUGGGAGAAUCACCAUGUGGCGUCAAGAUCAUUACUCACAGGAUAACGGGGGGUUCAGCCGGAUACUGCUUUGUUGAGCUGGCAGAUGAGGAAAGCGUUGACCGUUGCGUCCAAAGGCUCAACGGAAAACUAGUUCCUGCGUCAAACCCGCCCCGGAAGUUUAAGCUAAACUAUGCUACCUACGGAAAAAGACCGGAAGCCGGGCCAGAGUUCUCAGUGUUUGUGGGCGACUUGGCCUCUGAAAUAGACGACUUCCAGCUCCAUCAAGUUUUUAAGAAGUACCCUUCCUGCAAAGGAGCCAAAGUCGUCACUGACCAGUAUGGAUACUCCAGAGGCUACGGUUUUGUCAAGUUCGGGGAGGAGAGCGAGCAGAAGAAGGCCAUUGAGGAGUGCCAGGGGACGGUACUGGGGGGCAAGCCGCUCAGGCUCAGCAUUGCUGUCGCAAAAAGCCAGAAAGUGAGCAACUACCAGGCAGGCCAGGGCCAGAGUUACCACAACAGCUACAGCCAGCCUCCGUCUGGUUACUAUGGUGGUCCUUAUGGUGGGGGUCAAGGAGGCUACUACUCUCAGUGGGGCGGCUAUGACCAGUAUGGAGGCUACAACAGCAGCGGCUAUGGCGGUGGCUACAACAGCGGCUACAACAACAGCUACAACAGCGGCUACAACUACAACUAUGGACCCUAUGGAUACCCUCCACCGGGACACAUGAUGCCACCGCCUCCCAUGGGGAUGCCCCCCAUGUCCACGGACAUGUCAGCCGCUGCAGAACAAAGUCAGGAGCAAACUGAAGCUGCAGAAGAGGAUAAUCCAGAAGAGCCCAUCCCUGAAUGCAACGUGGAGCAGUGGAACAAGAACUUCAUGGAGCGCAGCGAGGAGCUCUACGACGCACUGAUGAACUGUCACUGGGAACCUCUCGACUCUGUUGACUCGCCCAUCCCCACGCUCUCUUGAUGACUCCUUUAGCUCUUUUUUCUCCUCAGUGUACCGUUUUUAAAAAGAAGACUUUAUACUUCCUGAGCCUCUUCCCUCAUGGAAAUCUUACAGGUUCCAGCUAUAAAUUAUCAUGUGCACUUGUAAAGGUUGACCUGCUCACAGAUCCAGGUUCCUGUUGAGGACAAAACCGCUCACGGCUUCUGUGUUGUUUGUUACGAACGGGAAGGAUCAGCUGCUGUGUGUGUCACUGUGUGUAUCCACACAGAAGCUAUGUGGAUAUUUUGUGUUUGUGUUCAGUUUGGGAUAAAACGUCAUGAUGAGUCAUGCUUUAAUGACCAGCAGAAUUAUCUUUUAACAUUAUUCUAAUAGAGAAAAAUGACAUAUCUGCCUUUGUUUCUGUUUGCCAUACUCUCUGCCAGCACUCACACUUUGUUUUUUUUACCUAAAAACUGUCCGUUUUUAUUGUCUGGUUCUAUUUUCAUUUUCUCCUGUUCAUUUAGAGUACACAGUGAGAAGAUGGGAUUCUGCCAGAAGAUGAACAUCAGAGUUUUUGUAGGGUUGUCAGCCCGUUUGCUGUCACACCAUGAGACAGCAUUUCUGUUUCACGUUUAUCAAGGAAACGGCUUCAUAAGAACAGCGGGCUGAUGUAAACCAGGAGGAAGAGGCCUUUGCUUCAGAUUCAUCAGUGAUCUGAGAAACGUGUCUGUCUGGUACCAGACCACAGGACCCUCCCACGUCUGCGGUUGACCUUCUCUUGUUGAACCAUUAUGGAAGGAGCCUUCAUGAUUGGAGGCCAGUGUCUUUAAUGUAUAUGUAUAUGUAAAAUAAAGUUUUAUAUGCAGACUCU